AUGUCGCAACAUGAACCCUCUUACAAGACGGCGGUGACCGACGUCACUGGCACCUCAAACGAGGUGGCGCUGGCGGGGAACUCAAUGGAGCCGGAGGCAUUGUAUCGGGCCUCGCCCUCGUUCCAGAUGUGGAAGAUCGAGAGCUUAACGAGGUCAUCCGCCGAGGCUGCAGCGGAUACCGACGCAACUCCUGCUCUAGCAGGAGAAUCGGACGAGACUCAGGAACUCUCCACAGGUAAGGAAAUUGAGUCGGUAGGCAGACUCUAUACUAUCAAGGCGAUAGCUGGAAAGGGAAAGGGGCUCGUUGCUGCAACCAAGAUUCUCAAGGGCACGCGCAUACUAUCAGAGGUUCCUAUGUUCAGAGUUCCGCGGGAUAAUCCCGACAUCGAGGCUUUAGAGCGUAUCGUUGCAAAGGAGGUAGAGUGCCUCAAUAAGGACCAACAACGUACUUUCUUUGACCUAAGAAACGUCCACGGAAAUGCUUACAGUCGAUCUCUCGGAAUUGCCAAAACCAACGUCCUCCCUCUUGGCUCCAAGGCCAGGUUCGGCGGUUUGUUCCCCGAGGCCUCUCGCAUCAAUCACUCUUGCAGGCACAACUCUCAGAAUACCUGGAAUGAGAACAUUGGGCGGCUCACCAUCCAUGCACUCCGAGACAUUGAAGAGGGAGAAGAAAUUACAAUUACGUAUCUGGCGAUCACGUCGGAGUAUGCAGACCGGCAGCGUUUUCUGAAGGAAAAGUUCAAGUUCGACUGCAAAUGCGAGCUCUGCUCACUGCCCCGAGCCCAGCGAAAGCGUAGUGACGCCCGGCUAAAGGAAAUUCAAACCAUUGAUAGCUCGAUUGGAUACUUUUUUUGGGGUGGCUUGGAGUCGGAGAGGGCGCUCCAUCUUUUACAUAAGAUGUUUGGUUUAUUUGAAAAAGAGAAUAUCUGGGAUGCGAGUAUCGCUCGGGCAUACAAGGAUGCAUACGACAUUGCCAUUGAGAGCGGAGAUAAACCAAGGGCUCGGGUUUUCGCCGAAAGAACGUACGACGCACGACGUCUGAUUGAAGGGGAUGACAGCCCGGUCACGAUGAGGAUGAAGCGGAUAGCUGAAGGACUCUCUGCAGAGGCACAAGGGCUGAGUGGACUUGAUUUUGAGAAUUGGCUUUGGAUGCUACCUUCGUAG